AUGAUGAGGCAGGUUCACAGAAGAUUAAAUAAAAAUGUUUUUGUACUAGUUGCAAUGGCUUUCUUUGCUAUAGUCUCACUGGUUGUUACGCCAAAGAGCUAUAAAGGAAGGUCUUCUUGGUUUGGUGUAACUAGUACUAGAGGUGUGAGUUCUGAGUCUCAGCUCAGAUUCAACAAUAUUUCUGGACACACGGGUUUCACUAGCAAGUCUGUCUUGAAACGAGACAAUGAGAAGGGAGAUGUAAACCUGGAGAGGAUUGAGGCCGGUCUUGCCACAGCUAGAGAGUUGAUAAGGGAAGCAACAACACUAAACCAAACGAGUCCUCUUGAAGAUGCCGAUUAUGUUCCGAAUGGCGAUAUUUACAGGAAUGCUUAUGCCUUUCACCGGAGCUACCUCUUAAUGGAAAGCCUGUUUAGGACUUUUGUCUAUGAAGAAGGAGAGCCUCCUAUAUUCCACAAUGGUCCUUGCAAGAACAUAUACUCUAUGGAAGGACUGUUUCUCAGCUUCAUGGAAACUGAUACAAAAUUCCGGACUUCGGAUCCAGAAGAAGCUCAUGUCUAUUUCCUUCCUUUUAGUGUGGUGAUGAUCAUAGAGUACCUCUUUCACCCAGUAAUUCGAGACAAAGCUGUUUUGCAGCGCACCGUGGUUGAUUAUGUUCGUGUUAUAUCCAACAAGUACCCAUUUUGGAAUAGAAGCCUUGGGGCUGAUCAUGUAAUGCUUUCUUGCCAUGAUUGGGGGCCAAGGGCGACAUGGUACGUUCGACAGCUAUACUUUGUUGCAAUUCGUGUACUAUGCAAUGCGAACACCUCCGAGCAUUUCAACCCUAAGAAAGAUGCAUCAUUUCCCGAAAUUAAUCUUGUAACAGGUGAAAUUACAGGUCUAAUAGGAGGCUUGCCCCCUUCCAAGCGUUCUGUCCUAGCCUUCUUUGCAGGACGAAUGCAUGGUCGAAUCAGACCAUUGCUUUUCCAACACUGGAAAGAAAAAGAUGAAAAUUUACUGGUUUACGAAAAACUUCCCAAGAACGCUUCCUACCAAGACAUGUUGAAGCAGAGCAAGUAUUGCAUAUGCCCUAGCGGUCAUGAAGUCGCUAGUCCAAGGAUUGUAGAGGCAAUUUACGCAGAGUGCGUUCCAGUUUUGAUUUCACAGCAUUAUGUUCUGCCGUUCAGUGAUGUUCUAGAUUGGGAGUCUUUCUCUAUUCAAGUAUCUGUGAGUGAAAUACCACAACUCAAGGAAAUCUUAAUGAGGAUUCCUGAAGAGAAGUAUAGAAGAAUGCAGGAAAGAGUGAAACAAGUGCAAAUGCAUUUUGUAGUGAAUAAUCCCCCCAAGAGAUAUGAUGUUUUUCAUAUGAUAAUUCAUUCAAUCUGGCUUAGGAGACUCAAUGUACGCAUUUAUAGCUGA